AUAAUUGUCCCCAUAUUUUACUUUAAUGAUUAAAGGAUACCUUUGCUAAUACGUGCAUUCUAUUCGUUUAAACUUUAAUAGAGUGUUGAAGUUAUAGUACAUGAUAUUUAAUAUUCGAGGCAAUCAUCAGAUUUUUGAUACGUUGAAAUAUCUGCACGGAAUUCAAAUCAGUGGCCUUCAUUAUCCGAAUCCACGAAAAAUGUUGGAAAAUUCGGGGAAAUUGUUACCGUUUCUAUUCUUGAUCGUUUUCCAAUCGGUAAAUGGGCCGGAUUCCAAUCAGUGGUCAUACUUGAGUACAACUACUUCAUCAAGUGACGCAUUCUUGUCUAACAGAAAACUAGAUGAAAAAUUCGAAAAAGAGCCAAAUAAGUAUUGGUCGGUUAGCAAAGCACGAGAAGUUAUAAUAAAACAAGAUCCGGAAUGCGGAUACCCGCUGGAAGAAAUUAUAAAGGCUGGAUCUUACGACUUUGAAGAUGAUACUUACAAGACUACUGGUGAAAUAAAAAUUGAAUAUAAAUGGAGAGAAAAUUUUGAUGAUUUCGGUUACUGUUCGUGCCUAGCAGCGAAUGAUUUACGUGUAGUCAUCAAAGAGUUGGCUAAGACACUCGAAUAUGGAAAUUGGUCAGUAGUUGCUAAUGUGGCAAAAAAAGAUCCCGACUUUGAAAAGAAAAUCAAAAAGUAUAUGAAUCGUGCAGAGGUCUUCAUCAAUCUGGUAAUUGAAUUUGUCAAAAAAACGAUACCAUUUAACGAGAAAACCAACCAGUAUGAAAUGGCGAACGAGUGGAAAAACAACUGGAAGAAUUGGUAUCAAUUAUCAAUCACGUUUCCUAGCUUAUUGGCUCAUUAUAUGAUGAUUCCUUAUCAAUUUCGUGAAAUACCAUCUGGAAAAAUUACAACGAACAUAUUGAAAAUCAUUUCAACACCAUUUAAAAGUUUAUCAUAUUAUGGUGAUGAUGGUUUAUAUGAAGUAGAUAAAUUUGGACCAUGGCUCAUAGCUCAGAUCUAUAAUUUGGGUUGUGAUGAAACGAUCUAUAAGAAAAACAUAAUCGAUAGUGAAGCGUAUGGGAAAAUGAUAAAGGAGAUAGCAUUACCUUAUAGUGAGGUUCAUUUUGGUUUAGGACUUCAUCGUGAUGGAACAUACAUUUCUUACAAGAUGGCUCUUGGCUUUCGAUACAUGAAACUGAUGUGCUCGAGUAAUACCAUGUAUUACUCAUUUGACAAAAACUUGGCCAAUAAGCCUACACCAGCAGUGCACUGGAAGAGAGUCUCAUCACUUCUACUUCAUCCCAAUAUUAAUCGUGGUCCUCCAGGUAUACUGAGCCAUCGUGAUGAUUUCUACUCUGAUAGUGAUCCGGACGCACCAUUAGGUGGUAAAAUCAUGCCACUAGGUCGAAUUUUGCGCAUCAAUACACCUAAGUGCAGAUUUUUUGUACGAGGUGUGACAGGAGGUCUUGUAUUCUCUGAGGCAUAUUCCGAUUACAACUUAUAUUCCCAGUAUUGGGUCCAAUCCCGUAUACCUUACAGUGCCGAAUCCAAUAUUCAAAUUCCAGAUUUUAAAUACGCCUAUGGUUUGAUAUUUUCCACAAAUCACGACGAUUACAUUAACCUGAAAUCUGACUCCAGCACAUAUAAUAUUCAUCUUCCCACCGAAGAUUCGUGGAGCAUUGUUGGUAGUUUUGGUCUCACAGAGGAAACUCGGCAAGAUUUUCUGCUGCAAAAUUAUGAAAUACCAUACUAUGGAAAAUACCGUGUAUACGAGUACAUUCGUUACUCACAUCGUAAUAAAACAUACGUGGUCAUAGAUUUAGAAAUUGAUAACCGCAAAGGAGAUAAAGAAUUGGGUAUUCGGUACAGUUUGGUCGAUGUAGACCCUCAUAAACUCCAACAAACUAAACACGAACUGCAAGUUUUGAAAAUUCCAACGGGGAAAAUUGCGCGAUUGCAGCAUAUUGUCAACUUGGAGAAUUGUACAAUCAGGACGAUUCUGGAAGAAAACCUUCAGCGUAAUCCAAUGUGGCGAGAUUAUGAUGCUGGGAAGACAAUACUACCUUUGGAUGAAUUUGAGAACAGUGUUGAUAAAUGGACUUUGAAUACACAAAACAAUGAAGUGUCGUCGUCGGUAUCUGGUUUACGUUAUAUGUGCGCUGCUCCUCUGCCCAAUGAGAAGGAACGUGAGUCCAUUUGUGACGGUACAUUUGUCUUUGAUGCUGAGGAUAGAAACGCGUAUGUGUACAAGAAAUCAAAUAUUCUGAUAUUCUUUAAUUAACCAGUUUUAUUGGGUGUUUUUUAUUUUUCAUAUUUUAAUUAACCUUAUGCUUAUUGUCAGAGCUCAGUUCUAACUGAAUCUAUUAUUUGAAAAUUACUUAAUUUAUGUUAUAGAUAAUUUUUAUAAGCAAAAAAGGUUUGUAGAUAUCUCAAUAGGGGAAAAUUGAGGUAGAAAACUGAAAAUUAGUUACACUACCUGCUUAUUUGUUAGUCUCCAAAACAAUUGUUGGAGGUUUCAGGGGAGCAGAUUUUUGGAUUUUCCAGUUUUGCAAGAAUUACAAUAAAAAAGACCAAAAUGAAACUUAGUAGCGUAUAUACAAACUUGGAUACCUACUCCACAUUGAAACCCUUCGCAUCCGAUCGAUUUUAGGCAUAAUUCUUCGAAAAUUAUACAUAUCUCUGCGUUGAAAUCCAUGCUAGAUUUUUUUUCAAGAUCUAAGUAAAACAAUAUAUGUAUAGGUAUGUAAAAUCCCCUGGAGGUUCCAAAAUAACUACUAAGCAACUAAUCAAUUUUGAACUCUAUAAAUACACUUGAAGAGUGAUAUUCCAAAAUUCGCUUUGUCCAUUUUCACAACUUUUCAGGAGAGAGGAAAAACAGUUUCCCUUUAAACGGGUAAAUUGGAUUUUUAGGCGAGUUUAGCACUUUAUUUGGGUGGAUUUAUGAUGUAGGAGUGUAGGUAUACACUUCAUCCACUAAAUACUGCUGAAAAAAAUUUCAAUAAAAAUGGACAAAGCGCGUUUUGGAACAUUAUUUUUUUUUUUAAUUUUUAGUGAAUUGGCUAUUUAGGUGACUUUAACACCUCAUUUUGGUAGGUUGAUGAUGUAGGAAUGUGAGUUAAUACUUCAUCUACCAGGUACUGCUGAAAACCCAACUUCGACAAAAAUGGACAAAGCGAGUUUUGGAAUAUCACUCUUCAUUUUGAAUCGAAUUUCCAUUUUUUGAUUCAUUGAGAUCAUAGGUAAACGACGACUAUUUAUUCCUCAUCCCCCCAAAAAAUCACAAAAAAAGACACUGAAUUUGAACCGCCAAAACCAAUUUUCCAAAAAUCGUGUCCAAAUUGUGCAGAAGGGCCGCGAAGAUGACGUAUCCGAGUUUAUAGGUAUUGAAUUUUAUUUCAAUCCUUUCUUAUGUCAAUUUUCUCUCAACGGGAAAAAUCCAAAA